AUGAUGAUGAUGAUGAUGAUGAUGAUGAUGCUGUUCUUCUCCAACAUGCUUCGCUGGUCAGAACCCCUUCCCGAAUCAGAACCACGUUAGGCCGUUGUCUAGGAAGAUCGACGAUGAGCUGGAAGUAAUCGCUCCUUUGGGGGGCCCACGGCGUUUCGUGUAGGUCAGUCACUUUGCUGCUGCCGCUGCGGUGUGUGCUGUGAGUCAAGUGUGCGUUCAAUCCGUUCAGCCCCCAGCACCAGCAUUCGGGAUUAUUUAUCGAACCAUAAGCGACCGCUACGGGUAGGUGGGUGAUGUAAUCCGUUCGAAAUAAACACCUUCGACAACGACGACCAACACACGGAGGCAUCAUCGCACAUCGGCAUAUCGGAAUCGGCUGGUCGUCCGCUGGAAGAGGUUUAAAAAUAAUAAUUACAAUCGAUUCAAAGCAAACCGCUCCGUACAGUCGAUCGGUACAGACCGGACCGUGUGUGUGUCUGUCUGCCCCAUAUUGUGUGCUGAGAACGCCAUUGGUGGUAUUCUACAAGAACGUACACGAAGAUGGGUUUCAAGGGAAAGCUUCUAAAGACGGCGCUGGUGCUGAUGUUGAUUGCAGUAUUGCCCGGAUUACCACCGAAAACCGUGUUUCCCUUCCGUCCGAUUACCAUCACACCGGUGCGGCCCCUAACGGGUGUGCUCGCACCCAACCGCCUACUCAACGGUGCUGAACGGUUACACGAGAACGAGCUGCUCCAGCCGGAAAGUGUGGUAGUGCGCGGUAACGCUACCUACGUCACCGUGUACGGUGGCAAAGUGAUCGAGCUGAUCGAAGGCUCCGGUACACUGCGUACCGUAGUUAAGCUGGGACCUGAGUGUGUUGGUACCUAUUCGGAGCGCAUUUGUGGCCGUCCGUUGGGGCUCGAUUUCGAUACCAAGGGUAACAAUCUGAUCGUGGUCGAUCCGUACCUCGGCAUCUGGCAGGUGCACAUCAAGACGGGCGAGAAGAAGCUACUGGUCCCCAAAGAGAACGCCAUCAUCGAUGAUGGUACGAUCGCAUCGAACAAGCAGCAGCAGCAUGGCCGACAGCAGCAGAUCACGACACGGCAACCGACCAUCCCGAACGGUGUAGCUGUAGCGAAGAACGGGGACUUUUACUGGUCCGAUACGGCAUCGGAUUUUAUCUUCGAGGACGCUAUCCAAGCGCUGCUGUGUAAUCCUUCCGGUCGGCUGCUCCACUACUCUCGGGCCACUGGUCGAAACCGUGUGCUGCUGGAUGAAAUCUACGGAGCCAACGGGGUAGUGCUAAGCCCGGAUGAAAGCUUCGUGCUGGUCGGAGAACUCGGUGGACAGCUGAUCCGCCGGUAUCACCUGAAGGGCCCACAGGCCGGUCAGCAUGAUGUGUUUCUCGAUGGAUUGCCGGGUGCGGUCGACAAUCUGAACGGUGAUGCCGAUGGAUUUUGGGUUGGACUGGUGAUUGCGGCCGAUGCAGAAAAUCCCUCGUUCGUUGGUAUGCUGGCACCGUUCCCGAACCUACGCCAGCUGAUCGUACGGCUGUUCGUGCUGAUCGAAGCACCGUUCCGUCUGGCGUACCAGCUUACCGGAAGCCCUUACGCUCUUUGGGCUACCCAUCAAAUUGGGUUUCUCGGAGAUUUGGUUAAUGUGUUCCCCGAUCGUGGCACGGUACUGCGUGUCGACUGGCAGGGUAAUAUCGUGUUUGCGCUCCAUAACGAUGAUACCUCCAGUCACGUCAUCUCGCAGGCCGUACGCCAGGGGAAGGAGCAUCUACUGCUCGGAUCACCGGUGAAUCCGUGGCUUGGACGAGUGAAACUUUCACCCGAAACGUUAGCCCUGCUAGCGCCCGGAUCGAAGGGAGCCACCGAAACGAAACCGGGCUCCGCUCCUUCACGCGUGAAUCGCGAAGAGCUGUAACCGAGCUCGGUUCCCCUUCCGUGGCAUUGAAUUCGAAUAAACUUUCCUUUGGGGAAAAU